UUGCAGGUAGCAAAUACGAAAAAGACACAACAAGUAAGGCCAUUGUUGAUAUCUCAGUUAAAAGUUCUAAAAGUGUUGUGUUGCAAUUUUAGUCAUGGUUGUUCAUUUUAUUUGCUGCAGGUUCUCGCUGAAGAUGGUAUGAUCGAGCGAUUUGUUGGUCAUCCUCGUGAUGCCGCUGCAAUAAGAGCAACGUUUGCUGGUCUGUGGUCCAUUAAUGGUGACGAUCCAAUAACAAAGAAACUGAUAAAAAAUGCGGUAGCACAUCCCUCCCGGUUCGUCUUGAAGCCGCAGUUGGAAGGUGGUGCUGGAAACUUUUAUGGUGAAAAGAUGGCUGAGAAACUCAAAAAUAUGGAAAAGGAUGAACUGGGUGCUUUUAUAUUGAUGGAAAGGGUUCAACCUCUUGUUGUAGAGAACUACUUAAUAAGAGCGAUGCAACCUGUGCAGUUAUCGAAAGUUGUUAGUGAACUGGGAGUUUAUGGAUAUGCUCUUGGUGAUCGUGGAAUGGCAGAAGUGCGACAAGGAGGGCAUCUUUUACGAACUAAGGGCGAAGAUGUUGAUGAGGUGAGAGUUCCAUGUGGCCCGUCUUUCAAAACUUUUCGUUUCUUUCAUAAUUAUGGAGAAAACACUUGCAAAUAUCGACAACCCUUUCAGAAGUUGUUCUGA